GGCCACUCCCGUCCCACUGCCCCAGGGCGUAAAGUACAGGGAUUCUUUUCUCUUUUUCUUCAAGGUUCAAAGUACAGAGAGGGAGCCCGCAGCCGCAGAAUAAAAAUCUUGAAAACCAGGAGCAGAAAGCUAAGAGAACUACUGGGCUUCUCCCAACCCUUCUCCUUCUCUCACACAUGGAAAUCCUUUCAUGGAAAGCCAAGUUAUUGGUUGCCUAGUUAUAAGUUAAAGUCUUCUUGGGCAACAGGCCUGCAUCUCUCUGUCUUGUUUGGUCACGUGGAAUGUCUUUUGGUACUACUGGACCACAAUGCUACAAUCAACUGUAGACCCAAUGGGAAAACUCCUCUUCAUGUGGCUUGUGAAAUGGCCAACUUGGAUUGUGUUAAGAUCCUUUGUGACCAUGGAGCCAAGCUCAAUAGCUACUCCUUAAGUGGACACACAGCUUUACACUUUUGUACAACUCCAAGCUCCAUUCUCUGUGCCAAGCAAUUGGUUUGGAGAGGGGCGAACGUGAACAUGAAGACCAACAACCAGGAUGAAGAGACCCCCUUGCACACAGCUGCCCACUUCGGCCUCUCGGAGCUGGUGGCCUUCUACGUGGAGCAUGGGGCCGUAGUGGACAGUGUGAACGCCCACAUGGAGACGCCCCUGGCUGUCGCCACCUACUGGGCCCUCCGCUUUAAAGAGCAGGAGUACAGCAGGGAGCAUCACCUCGUCUGCCGCAUGCUGCUCGACUACCACGCCGAGGUCAACGCCAGGGACGAUGACUUCAAAUCUCCGCUCCACAAGGCAGCCUGGAACUGUGACCACGUGCUCAUGCACAUGAUGCUGGAAGCGGGCGCUGAGGCCAACCUCAUGGACAUCAAUGGCUGUGCGGCCAUCCAGUACGUGCUGAAGGUCACCUCUGUGCGGCCUGCCGCCCAGCCUGAGAUCUGCUACCAGCUGCUACUGAACCAUGGGGCUGCUCGCAUAUACCCUCCACAGUUCCAUAAGGUGAUACAGGCUUGCCAUUCCUAUCCCAAAGCAAUCGAAGUUGUAGUCAAUGCCUACGAACACAUCAAGUGGACUGUAAAGUGGAAACGGGCUAUCCCUGAUGAUGACUUGGAGAGAUACUGGGAUUUUUACCACUCUCUCUUCACUGUGUGCAGUAACUCUCCAAGGACUCUCAUGCAUUUAUCGAGAUGCGCCAUCCGAAGAACGUUACACAACAGAUGUCACAGAGUAAUUCCUCUGCUUUCCCUUCCAUUGUCAUUGAAAAAGUACUUGCUUUUAGAGCCAGAGGGAAUCAUUUAUUAAGCCUGAUGAGACAGAGGUUCCCAAUCCCAGAUAUUUAAGUGGACUCGCCGGGUAGACACCGUUUACAUAAAUAAAAUGGUACUUGGGUUGAUUAUAACAUUUCAGGGAUUUCAAAACACUUUACAAACACUAUGUCAUGUCAUUGAUCGUAGGGUUUCAUGGUGAGGGGAGAUAAAGAAGCAAAGCAAGAAUGUAUCCAGAAGGUACAGACAGAACAAUAAUAACUAACAGGAUUACUGUAGGUGCUCUUACUAGGUGCCUGAUAUAUUUUUGUAAAAUGUUCCUAUAUUAUCUCAUUUGAAAUGGGACCCAGAGUUUCCUACAACCAAUCUCCCUUAUCAGUGAUAAGUUUACAUUACUGUUCAUUUGGCAAAAUAGCAGGCUUUGUGAUCCGCCUCUUAAUCUUGGCGCCUUUCCCCCACUCCCACUUGGCAGAUUAUUACUGUUGCUGGUUUUGCACACUCCUGUACCCACACCGAACUCCUCACCUUGUUCUUAGCAAAGAAAACAUGUGAACGUAGUCCAAACAGGGAGAUCUUUUAUUCAACUUAGACAUGAAAAACAAAGGCCAGUCCACUUAAUAGUCAGAAAUGGACAUUUCAACACACUCUCACUGAGCCAGAGACUGGAGAUGCAGAGAUGAGCCCGAAGCAAGGACUCCUGCCCUCCAGGAUCUCAACAUUCAGCAGAGGAUCUGGACAUACAAGCAGGGAACUGCAGGGUCAAAGGUCAGGGGCAAGAGUACAGGUGCUGACUCAUUCAUAGUGCUUGCCUUCCAAAGCCAUGUUUCUGACACUAAGUGUGGUUUUCUUUUAAGCAUGAAGAUGGAGUGAAGGGAUUGUGUGACGUGGGGAGGGGAGUGUCUCCUGCUGCUGUGAGUGGAAAUGUAAUCACUUUAAGUUUCUCCACCCAUCUAGGUAUUGUUUUAUUUCAGCAUGAUUUCCUGUUUAAUGUGAAGAGAAAGACUUAAGUUUAUUACAUUGGUCUUUUUAUGUAACAGACUGACAUUUCAGAGCAUUUUUGCUAGAAGGUCAGGAGUGCUUUGCUAGCAAUGGCUGGCUAGAGAAAGCAAAGAAAAAGACUUUUUUUUGAAAAUGAUAGAAGUUUGAAAAUGUUGGAAAGAGAAGUAUGUUAGACAGGCUUGUUAGUUAGUGGUUUGCUGAAAGAGAAAUAUAGAUGAUGGACGUCUGGACCUCAUGGUUUGUGAGGCCAACUUGCUUCUUUUUUUUUUCCUCUUGCUGAUCGCUUAGUAAUGCUUUUUAGAUGUUAGAGCAGAAGUCAUUAAGCACACACAAAUCAGUUUGCCACUUGUGAGCAGGUUUCUUUCAUUUGUGUGGUUCUCCAUCUUAUUUAACUUUAGAUGCUUGAGUUUUGAGUAGA